GUGGAAGUGGCUUAAUAGCAAGAAAAAAAAAAAAAGUCAGAUUUGGGAAAGAAGGAAGAUAGAAGAAGAAGAAGAGCAAAAAGCCAAAUCCAAAGUACCAGAAAAAACAUCCACCAAAAACUUAAUAUUUGCUUUUUAUUCCUAUUUAUUUAUUUAUUUUCAUUUCCUACCUUUCAAAAAUCCUUGUAAAUUAGUCAGUUUUAACCAUCAAAGUCUCUGUUUCAUUAUUUAUUUAUUUAUUUUUCUUUCAACCAGCAACAAAGUCUUUCUUUCACAGAACCCAAAAAGCUGCUAUCCAAAAUUUUUCUCUCUUCCCUUUAUUCAUUUUCCCUCCCACAAUUUUUUUUUUUUAUUUCCCGCCAAGAAAACCAAUGCGACUCCCCAAUAUAAAUCCAGAGAUUUAGCAGAUUUGCUUAGAAUCUCUUAUCUGUUCCUUUUUAUUUUUAUUUUUAUUUUUUUUUAUUUUUUUGCUAUUUUGGCUAUGGGUGUGGAAUCGAGCUCCAGCCACUUCACAAACAUCAAAAGUUUAGGUCCUGAUCCUAACAGCCAAGAGUGUGGGAACAUCAUGGUGGUAAAGGCAUACCCUGUAGGUAUGGUGCCUGCAAUGAAUCAUGUUAAUGGUGAGGAUGAAGGAGAGUCUAGUCUGGAACCAUAUGUGGGAUUAGAAUUUGAUUCAGCUGAAGAUGCACGUGAGUUUUACACCUUAUAUGCAAAACGUACGGGAUUUAAGAUUCGAACUGGUCAAUUAUAUCGAUCCAGAACUGAUGGAACAGUCUCUUCUCGAAGAUUUGUGUGCUCCAAGGAAGGAUUUCAGCUCAACUCGCGAACGGGAUGUCCAGCGUUGAUAAGGGUACAAAGACGUGAUUCUGGGAAGUGGGUUAUAGACCUUUUCCUGAAGGAUCACAAUCAUGAUCUUGGACCUAUGGGAGAAAACAAUCCUCCUACUUUACAACGGAAGAUUUCUUUAGCAACAACAAAGCCAGUACUUGAUGUCUCCCAUAGACCAAGAAUCAAAUCGGUUGAGGAAAUUGGGGAUGGUAGGCCUUGUCCAUCUGGAGUUAUUAAUGCCAAACGCCUUAAAAGAGAAGGAGAUGACAUGCAAUCCAAGGUUGCACCGUUUGCUGGUCUGGAGUUCAAUUCAGCUAAUGACGGGUACCAGUUUUAUCAAGCAUAUGCAGCAAAUGCAGGAUUUAGGAUUCGGAUUGGUCAAUUGUUUCGUUCAAAGCUUGAUGGGUCAAUCACAUCCCGACGGUUUGUGUGUUCAAAGGAAGGGUUUCAGCACCCAUCAAGACUUGGUUGUGGUGCAUUUAUGAGGAUAAAGAGACAAGACUCUGGAAGGUGGGUAGUGGACCGUCUUCAGAAAGAUCAUAAUCAUGAGCUUAACUAUCAACUAGAAGUUGAUAAGAAAAGUCCUACCUCUUCAAAAAGGUUGUUAGAGGAAGAGAGUGGUGGACUGGAAAGUGAGGAUAUUUUCAACAUAAACAGUGGCAACCUUGUUAAAAGAAGUCGUGAAAAUCACAUUGGAAGUGAUUGGUACCGGGUUCUUCUUGAAUAUUUCCAGAACAGACAAGCUGAAGAUACAGGAUUCUUUUAUGCAGUAGAAGUUGACAAUGGUAGUUGCAUGAGUAUUUUCUGGGCUGAUGGCAGGUCAAGAUUUUCAUGCAGUCAGUUUGGUGAUACUGUGAUUUUUGAUACCUCAUACAGGAAAAGUAUUUAUUUGGUACCGUUUGCUACUUUUGUUGGUGUGAAUCACCACAAGCAACCAGUGCUUCUUGGUUGUGCACUAAUUGCGGAUGAAUCUGUGGAAUCUUUUACUUGGUUGUUCCAGACAUGGCUUAGGGCAAUGUCAGGACGUCGUCCAUUUUCUAUAAUAGCUGAUCAGGACAAGGUCAUCCAGCAAGCCAUUAGGCAAGUCUUUCCGGGAACCCAUCAUCGUUUUUCAUUGUGGCAAAUGAAGGCAAAGGAAAGGGAAUAUCUGAAUUUGAUGGAUGGUGCAUUUAAAUAUGAAUAUGAAAAGUGUAUUUAUGAAAGUAGGACAACUGAUGAAUUUGAUACUGCAUGGAAUGGUCUUCUCCACAGGUAUGGCUUGAUAGAUAAUGCUUGGUUGACAGAAAUGUACCAAAAACGUGAAAAUUGGGUUCCUGCAUAUUUAAGGGGUACUUUUUUUGCUGGCAUCCCUUUGAAUGAAACUACUGAAUCAUUCUUUGGUGCAUUUUUGAAUGCCCAGACACCACUUGUAGAGUUUGUUUCACGAUAUGAAAGAGGAAUUGAGCGACGUCGUGAAGCAGAAAGAAGAGAAGAUUUUAACACUUUUAACUUGCAGGCUUUCUUGCAGACUAAAGAACCAGUAGAAGAGCAAUGUAGGAGGCUCUAUACACUCACCGUGUUCAAGAUAUUUCAGAAAGAAGUUCUACAAUCUUACAGUUACCUUGGAUUUAAGAUUUAUGAAGAAGGGCCGGUUAGCAGAUAUUUGGUUCGUAAGGGUGGGAAUGACAAUGAAAAAUGUAUGGUCACCAUCGGUGUAUCUAAUCUCAGUGUGGCUUGUAGCUGUCAAAUGUUUGAGUUUGAAGGUCUGCUUUGUAGACAUAUUUUGAGAGUUUUCCAAAUAUUGGACAUAAAAGAAGUUCCAUCUCGCUAUAUAUUACACCGGUGGACGAAGAAUGCUGAGUACGGUACUAUUCAUGAUUUGGAAUCAGCAGGGAGCCCUCAAGAACUUAAAUCCUUGAUGUUAUGGAGUUUAAGAGACACGGCAUCUAAAUAUAUAGAGGCUGGAGCAACUUCUCUUGACAAGCACAAACUUGCCUAUGAGAUUAUGCGGGAGGGUGGAAGAAAACUUGGUUGGUAAAGGAUUAUGUAGAAGACACAGGCUUUCAAUAACUGAAGGCCUGCGAAAUGGAAAGCGAGGAAACUUUGGUUUUCGUACUUGUAACACAAGUUCACCAUCCCUCCUGAAAGAUAAGGGUGUCAAGGAUCUCUGAGGCUCAAGUUCAUCCAAAUGUGGAGUGCUCAUCAACUUUGUCCACUUCAGUACUCUACUUUCUUGAUCAUCAUCAUCGUGUUCUUCUGUCAAAACCAACAUAUGAAUCAUCCUUCUAAAAUGACUCUGAUAUGCACAAAGCCUUUUUCCUUCAUAAACCAUCAACUUUAAUUCAACCCUGCGAUCACAAUCAGAAGGUAGUUGCUUCGUUUGCAGUGAAGUAAUCUUCUCAUCUGCUAAAUCAAAAUAAAGAAUGGGAUGCAACGGAGUCACAGGUCAAUAUAAAGCGACAUUCACAAGAGUUGCUAUUUUAGGAUUAAAUUGUUUAAAAUCAUCAAAACCGAAGUAUGGUGUUUUGUAAUUUUUCCAAGAAUUUGUCUUCAGUGAAUAAAUAUCCACUUCGUGGAAGUGGAUA